AUGACCGCAUAUUUUUCUUUCCUGUUUAAAUUUAUUUCUUUGUUCUUUCUUUCGUUCUCUUCUUCGUUUCCAUUUGUCUUCCUUCUUUUUUGCUUUUCCCUUAUUUAUCCGUUUAAUUCUUUCUCUUUUUCUUUCACGUUCAUGUCUUUUUAUUCUCAAUUUAUUGUUUACUUUAUUUCUCUUUCUUCUCUGUUUUUUCUUUAUUUUUCCUUUAUUUUCCUUGCUUCUUUUUCCAUCUCUUUCUUAUUUUCCACCUUUAUUCAUUCGAUUAUCUUCUUUAAUUUCUUAUACACGUCUUUUUUUCUGCAUUUUUGCUUUCUUAUCUAUAUUUCUUCCCUUUCUUGUUUUUUUUUUUCUUUUAUCCACAUAUUUUUCACGUUUUGCUUUUUUUUCCCAUCUUUCUUGUUUUUUUAUCCACGUCUUUUUCUCGCUUUUUCCCACGUCUUUUCCCCUCGUUUUUGCUUUCUUUCCCAUCAUCUUUUUCCCGCUUUCUUAUCCACGUCUUUCCCCCGCAUUUUUGCUUUCUUUCCCAUCAUCUUUUUCCCGCUUUCUUAUCCACGUUUUUUUCCUGCUAUUUUAUAUUUUUAUACCUUUUUCCCCUCACUCUGUCUUUCUUUCUUAUCUACGUGUUUUCCCCGCUUUCUUGUCCGCCUUUUUCAUCGUUUUUUUUUUCGUUCUUUCUUUCAUUCUUUCUUUUACUGUUUCCUUUUCUCACUCUUUCUUUAUUUCCUUCAUAUUUUCAUUUUUUCUUUCUUUUUUUUCCUCUUUCUUUUCCUCCGUCUUUCCGGGGUUUUGUCCUUUUCCUUUAUUCGUUCUUUAAUCAUUUGUUUCUCUUUUUGUCCUUCUCAACAAUCCUGGUUAGGAUUUAGCCUUUCCUUAACCAUGUAG